AUGUAUGCUUUGAUGCAAGCGGAGCCAGCCGCCUCCAAAGGGUCUGAGGCGGUGGAGCUUCCCGCGCUUCGUAGCAGGCUUCCAGCCGCCCCGGGGGUGCGACAGGAUCACACGGAGGAGUUCCGCAUUUGUCGAGGCCUGUAUGCUGAGCAAAGGGCAAAGGCCAUGGCUCCAAGACUGGAGUGGCUCCUGUCCAUUAUUUCCAGCGGGGACGUGCAGCAGUUAAAGCAUUUUAUGGAGGCUUUCUACCGGCAAGGCACAGAUGCAGCACAGCGUGGUGAAACUUGCACUUACUGCAACGCUCGAGUGACCUCCAGCAAGAAUUGGUUCCGAACCUCCAGACAGGUGGACGAGCAGCCUGCUGCCCGCUGCAUGAUAUGUAUGAAAUGGUACUGUGAGCAGCAUUGCAAGCAGUUCGUGAAUUUGGGAUUUGCAACGCACACGGUCAAGCUUGAGUGCUGCGAGCAGUGCCAUCGAGGUGUAGAAGUCCUUCGAUGGCGCCAGGAUUCGGUGCCUGGCUGUCUGUCUGAGACGGAGCGUCAGCUAGCAAGCCUGCACCAGACGUUGUUCGAGCAGCUGACGAAGUUACCUGGCGCCCUGGCACAGUUGGAAGGAUCCUCUCGCUUGCUGGAGGAGUUGCAGAUGCCAGAGGCUUCCAAUGGGGUGUCGGUGGACGACAUACAGGAGUGCAUUUCUGCCAUGAAGCGCAGCCGCGUUGAUGCAGAAACUGCGGAGGCAGCGAUUGCCCGUUCGCUCGCUCUGCUGGAGGGACAAUGCAGGGAGGCGGUAGAUGCUGCCUGCAACCCGAAGAAUGGGCAAAUCCGUGAUGGUCUCCUCCGGCAUGGCAGACAGCAACUGGAGCGACUGAAGCCGCGCCUCAAGGCAGCUUGCACACGGGCGACAGUCACAGCGUCUAAAGCUGAGACUAUUCUAUCGGAAUCGAGAUGCCGAGUUUGA